UUGGGGAGGGUUGAUGCGGGAGAGGUGUAGGGCUGCGCACAGAACGUCCUGCACAGAAGUCAGCUUCGCGCUCCAGUGGUCGGCAGAUCCCCCCGGAAAAAUCAGGCAGGACCUCAGUCAUGGCUUCUCGGCAGAACGGAACACUUUUCACCCAUAACAACGCCACCUACAUCGCGCCCGCCCUGAUGCCUGGCUAUGGAGGUCACGUUCCCACCAUCACGUUCAUGUACGGUCACACAUAUGGGAACACCACCAGCAAGUGCUUCCAGGAAUCCCGUUUCACAUCAAUGACCUUAAGCACCGCGACGAACGUCAGGGGAGGGAACUUCCAAUCCACCCUGUCCAGCGAAGGGCACCUGACAACGGUCCUGCCUGCACGGACUCGCCAGCAGGAACUACAGAACUUUUCCCAACUGACUCAAAGACACCGUGAGAACUACAAAGACUGCACCGGGGCAUGCCUGCCUAUCAGCUACUUCCAGCUCCCCGUGAAAGAGAGUGAGAAGUACCCUCAGGAGACCAUUGCCCUCGGUCCCCUGAGGCCGGCGGAAGAGGAAACGGUUCGGCGCUACCAGACCCUGCCCGCCGGAAUCAGAACAUCAACAGAUAACCGUGUGAUGCGGGAUGUGUUCUUUGAGCGAAGAUGAACUGUAUUACCACCAGGGGGUGAUGUCGACCUACUUCUGUUUCAGACUGUGCCAAGAACUCUUAAAAUGAUAUGAAAAACUCAA